AUUGGUUGUUUGCUGAUCUCCCUGACGAUUCAGAAGACUCAGACAAAGAGUUUGUUCUUGGAGAUAAAGACUAUGCGGAAGACAAUAGCGAUACUUCUGAAGAAUAUGUUUCCGAGAAUAGUGAUGCGUCCGUUGAUCUCAACGGUCAAGAUUCAACGACAAACGACGAUAGCAAUUUGUCACAAUUUACCAACAGUACAGAUCAUAGGUCUGCUCGAGUUAAUGGUUUGAAUAACGGGCAUAAUCAAAUUUCGAACGGCAGAAAGUCAAAUUCUCACCUGCUAAAUGAUAUACUUCAGUCUAACUUUGAUUCUUGUCCACCUCCUAUACCGAAUUCUCAAGUUUUUGCACUCGAUAAUGAAUUGCAGAAAUUAGAUGUUCCAUUUCCAAUUUUCUCAGAGCAAUUUACACAGUUCCAUGAAGAUUCUUUGUACCUUUUAUCAUUUCCUUGUUUUCAUAUCAACUUUGAUGCCAUACAAUACAAAGAACAAGAAAUGGAAUUGAAAUCCCUUGCCAUCACUGAUCGUCAGCUCACAGAAAAACAAGCGGUGGCAGGAUCACAAGUUCAAAGUUCUAAAGCUCUGUCAGAGGCUAAGAAAAUGGAGCAUAAAGAUAUUACUGAUCUUAAUAGAGAUUUAAGAGACCAAGCUGAGUCAAUUCACAAAGUACUUUUGCCGAUUUUCAAUAGAUUACUAAAUAAGGAUGAAGAUCAAUUAGAUGCAGUCAACAUUG